UUCGCCGUCGAUGACACAGCACACACGCAACGCGUCGUGCUGCCCCGCGAGUGAGUGAGUCGUCGUCGUCGUCGUCGUCGUAUCGGCAUCGUUAUUACCAACGAUAUACAUAGAUCGAUAUAUUAAUUAGACCACAAAAAAAUUCCAACCCUCCCUUUUCCCCUUGAACAUAUUUUUUUUUUCAUAUACGCGCGUGUGUUUACAUAUAUACAUCGGUGUGCGUGCUAAAUAAUAAAUACAACCGGAUAGCUCGCGCGUGAUUAUCAGAGAUAAGUAGAGAAAAAAAAAACUGCCAGUGCGAUCGAUUAGGAGAGUUUCAACUAAUAAAAUAACAACAACGGCAUCAUCAUGAGCAGCAGCAUCACGAGCUUCAAGAAGGGCAAGAAGACCAGCACCAAUACCUAUGAGUUCGAUCAGUAUUACCGGCAGCCCGACGAGCGGACGGGCUGGAAGAUGGUCCAGGACUGGCUCUACAAUCCGCGGAAGGGCACCGUGUUCGGCCACACGAAGAAACGAUGGGGUAUCGUCGGGCUCUUCUACCUCGUGUUCUACAGCGUUCUGGCGCUGCUCUGCGGCAUUUGUUACUGCGGACUGAUGGCGUCCAUCGACAAGCACCGGCCCACCUACACUCUGAGAGACAGCAUAAUAGGCACGAAUCCGGGCCUGGGCUUCCGACCGAUGCCCCACGACGCCGAGCAGAGAUCGCUGCUCUGGUACGCAUCGGACAACUCCACGGCCAUCAGGGAGUACGUCGACUCGCUCGAUAACUUCCUCGAAAAGUAUCACAACAAGUCGAUGCUGCCGUUCGAGGGCCGCACGCAGAUGAUCUGCGACUAUCAGAGGCCGCCCGAGCCCAACAAGGUCUGCGCCGUCGACAUCAACGACUGGGGCCCCUGCUCCCGGGCCAACAGCUACGGCUUCAACAAUUCCUCGCCCUGCAUCUUCAUCAAGCUCAAUAGGAUUUACGACUGGCAGCCGGAAUUUUACAACAACGCGUCGGAAUUGCCGGAGGACAUGCCCGAAGAUCUCAAGGAGCACAUCAAGAAGGCACCGAAAGAGCAGCUGAACACGAUAUGGGUGUCGUGCGCCGGCGAGAAGCAGGUCGACAAGGAGCACAUCGGCGAAAUCGAGUAUUAUCCCAAAUCCAGGGGCUUCCCCGGCUACUAUUACCCAUACGUCAACGACGACGAGUACCUGAGCCCGCUGGUCGCGGUCCACUUCAAGCGUCCAAAGAACGACGAAAUUAUUUACAUCGAGUGCCGCGCCUGGGCGAAAAACAUCAAGUACGAGUCGAAGAGAAACGAGAAGAUCGGAGCCGUUCAUUUCGAGCUUCAGAUCGAUAACAAAGCGUAAAUUGUCUGCGCGCGUCCCGCUGUGGCAUUAUAUCCUAUUAUACUGUACGCGUGUGUACGUACGUACCAACAACGACAACGAAAAUAGCCACGCUGUAAAAAAAAAAAAAAAAGGAAAAAUAAAAAAAUCGGCAAAAGCGUAUAAACGCAGCAACACGGGAGAGAGAGAGAGAGAAGGCGUUUGUACAUCAAAAUUUUUAGCGAAAAAAGAGUAAGAAGGAAAGAAAAACGUUAUAAACGAAGAAAUUAAAGGAAAUAUAGAUAAUGUAAAGCAAAUCCUAUGUAGAUUACGUAUGAAUUUAUAAUAAUGUUACGUUAUGAAUGACGCGAUGAAAGGUACGAUAAUCAAAUUUAUCGGUAUACAAUUGCGAGAUACAGAAGAGCAUAAUAAUCAGACACGUGUGUGAGUGUGCCUCUCAUUGAAAAACAGUCAAAAUGAGUAGUGUGUCAUGAGAAAAAAAAAGGGAGCAAGAAGUGUAAUCGACGAAGAAGUGCGAGUUUUUUUUUAUAGUAUUAUUAUAAUUGCAUCAACGGAUGAUACGAAAACUAGAUGAUGGCAUGUAUAAAUAUCGUAUUUAUUUAUAUUAAUGUGAAUCUACUUCCCGAUAGGCAGAAAAUUUAUUUCGGACGCAUAAUAUCGUUGUUAUUUAUUAUUUUUAUUAUUAUUAUUAUUUUUUUUCUAAGACAAUAUUUAAACAGGCGAGAGUGAAAUUGAUAUGUGUAUUUUUUUUCGUUUUAUUUUUUAAUACGAACAAUCCUAUCACACACACACACACACUGCGAUGGAAUCUCAUUAAUGUUUAAGAUUCUUUUUAAGCAGAUUUUUAAAUGCUUCCGUAUCUGAUAUCGAACCUGCAUAACUUUAUGUCUGUUUAAAAUAUUGUCCUUUCUACGUAUCCGUCGUCGACGCGAUAUUGUCAUUUAUUUUCGAAGAAAAUUAAUCGAGUAAAAGUGAAAAAAGUAUCGGUUUCUCCUCGCGCGAGUUAUAUUAAUGAAUAAUUGUACCUGUCGAUUUGUUGUAAAAUGGGCAACAAAGUGCGUUUAUGUAGAUAAGUCGCGAAUAUUGCGCGAAUUUUUCACACGCAAAAAGAUCAUGUGAUAAUCUUUAUUGUGCUCGGAUUUAUUAUUAAUUUUUUUUUUCUCUUCAUUUUGUCCGAUCGUUUAUGUGAAAGGAAAAUGACUGCAUCAACUUCUGUUUUUCUUCGCCGUACUUAAAAAAAAAAGAUAAUAACUUUUACGAAGCUACAUUUAUAUUUUUCACCGUUAAUCGCAAAGAAAAGGUUGUAUUUUAUUUUUUCUCGCGCGACGAUUGUAAAUCGCGAUUUCCUAAAUUCAUCACUGCGGAUGUGAUUUUCUUUUUGCAUGGACAAAUGUUUAUACUCGUAGGCAGUGCAAAUGUUUGAUCGUAACUUAACAGAAUAUACAAAAAAAAAACAAAGAAGCCAACGAAAGUUUAUUAAAAUAAUGUAGAAUGAUAAAUUCUACGCAUCGUAAUUACGAUACAGAGAGACAAAUGCUCGUAUGCAUGAGAAUUAUUUUCUACGGCUGGAUUCGUAGCGAAAUCGAGAAAAAAACGAACCUAAUUUAUAUAUCGAGUUAUUGUGUGUAUAAUAAUAUAUUAUAUAUAAUUUUAAAGUUUUAAUCGCAUGAUAAUAUAUAUUGAUAUACGAGUUUGUUAGAUUUAUAAAUCGAAAACAAACGGAAAGAAAAAAGAAGCAAGAUAUAUAUGCCAGAUGAUAUGUAGGAGAAGUGAGAGUUUAUAUUGCCUCAUUAACUGUCAUCGUCGAUGCGGUUGUAAAUUAUCGAGUACGAUUUAUUUAUUGAAUUUUUUUUUUUCUUAAAAAAAAGAAAAACUGCACCCGACGAUGUAUUCAUUCACUGAGACAUGGCCGCCUUACGUAAAUGUAAAUAUAUAAUAUAUGUUGUGAAAAUAUAUUGAACAAUUAUCACGGU